GAGGCACCACCUCCUGGGGGUGGAAAACCUUCCUCGGGACGCGUCAUACGAAUCGUUAACAACCACGACCAUACCGUGCAGUGUCGAGUUUUGUUGAACCUUCGCACCUCGCAACCAUUCGAGGAGGUGUUGGAAGACCUUGGACAAGUGUUGAAGAUGAACGGGGCCAAGAGGAUGUUCACGGUUUCAGGUCAAGAGGUAAGAAGUUUCUCCCAGUUGAGGAACGAAUUCGCUGACGUGGACACAUUUUACCUGGGUACCGGGUCGGGGAUGAGCAUGGUGGGCGGCGUGUCAGCGUCCCCGGCGAGGAGGUCGAGAUCGCGAGGACCGUCUACAGUGGUCGAGGACAUCGGUCGCCAAAGGCGCGCCCGUAGCAAAAGCAGGCCCCGCGCUUUGUACGCCCCUGACUCAGACGUCGUCCGAGUAAACGAUUACAGCGUGGUGGAGGUGUUGAGGGACGAGCCAGCAAGGGUGACCAUCCGAGGGUUGAGAAGGUCGUUCUACCCCCCCUCCCACCUGCCGCCCGUAGACAAUUCUCCCCCCGAUAAGAAGCUGCAACUCGAGUGGGUUUACGGUUAUCGGGGCACCGAUACCCGGCGAAACCUCUGGGUAUUGCCUAGCGGUGAACUGUUGUACUACGUCGCUGCCGUGGCUGUUCUCUUCGACCGAGAGGAAAAUGCACAACGGCACUACGUCGGCCAUACGGAGGAUAUCACGUGCAUGGAGGUUCAUCCGAGCAGAGAACUCGUUGCGUCUGGGCAAAAAGCCGGGAGGCACAGAAAAGCGCAACCUCACGUCCGCAUAUGGUCAACAGAGACUUUGCUCACGCUGUACGUGUUCGGAAUGACCGAGUUCCAGAUGGGCGUCUCCGCUUUAGCGUUCUCGCAGCUGAACGGGGGUAGUUACGUGUUAGCGGUCGACGCUGGUAGAGAAGCGAUACUCUCGGUGUGGCAAUGGCAAUGGGGCCAUUUGUUGGGUAAAGUGGCGACGAUGCAGGAGGAUUUGACGGGGGCAGCUUUCCAUCCCCUCGACGACAACCUUCUUAUCACUCACGGCCGGGGCCACUUGACGUUUUGGAAUAGGCGUAAAGACGGUUUCUUCGAGAGGACGGAUAUCAUCAAACCUGACGGGGAUGUCGUGACGGCGGACAGCGACGGUUUCAUCACCGUCUACUCGGUGGACGCUGAUGGCGCUUACUUCGUCCGUAUGGAAUUCGAGGCGCACAACAAAGGUAUCAGCUCCCUCGUCAUGCUGUCGGAGGGGACGUUGCUCUCCGGCGGUGAGAAGGACCGGAAGAUCGCCGCCUGGGAUUCCCUGCAGAAUUACAAACGUAUCACGGAUACGAAAUUGCCGGAGGCGGUUGGGGGUGUGCGCAGCAUCUAUCCCCAGAGGCCUGGGAGGAACGAUGGGAAUAUUUAUGUGGGCACGACAAGGAACAAUAUUUUGGAAGGAUCCCUUCAGAGAAGGUUCAACCAGGUCGUGUUCGGGCAUGGGAGACAGUUGUGGGGCCUCGCUGUUCACCCUGACGACGAGGUGUUCGCCACCGCCGGCCACGACAAGAAUAUCGCUCUUUGGCGCAGGCACAAACUCCUCUGGACGACUCAGGUCGGUUUCGAGUGUAUUUGCAUAGCUUUCCAUCCUUUCGGGGUCGCUCUUGCUGCCGGCUCUUCGGAGGGUCAUCUUUUGGUGCUUGCCGCUGAUACAGGGGCGGCUGUGGCAACCCUCAGAGUCUGCGGCUCGCCCUUGUCGUGCAUUGGCUACAAUCCAACGGGUGAAAUCGUUGCGAUGGGCUCUCAGAACGGUAGCGUGUAUCUGUUCAGAGUGUCCAGAGACGGAUUCUCGUACAAGAAAAGCAACAAAAUCCGCGGGACGCAACCGUUGGUCCAGCUCGACUGGAGCUCCGACAGCAGAUUCCUUCAAACGGUUACCCAGGACUACGAUUUAGUAUUUUGGGACGUGAAAGCGUUGUCAUCCGAAAAGAGUCCGUUGGUGAUGAAGGACGUGAAAUGGUAUACCCACAAUUGCAUGGUUGGAUACAUGGUGUCUGGAAUGUGGAAUAAUCGUUAUUACCCGUUAACGACCGUUUUAACGACGUCGAGUCGAUCGGCGGCGCACGACAUGUUGGUGAGCGGCGACGCGGAAGGCUACCUGAGGCUUUUCAGGUAUCCGUGCACCAGUGCUAAGGCCGAGUAUAUCGAGGAAAAGGUGUACAGCUCUUUAGUGGCUUGUGCCAGAUUUCUUUACAACGAUCAGAACGUGGUGACCGUCGGUGGAACCGACGCAGCUCUCAUGCUCUGGGAGCUGGUCGACGAAUAAAAGAAGAAGAAGAAAAAGAAGAAGAGAAGA